GUGAAUGCUCCGUGCUUCAACGGUUGACGGCUUCUCAUGGUGUGCAUAGACAGGUACUUCCACAGCCGUGCGUCGUUCAUCCUGGUGUGGAGAAACCGGUUCGCCCGACUUGCUCGCCGUCGAAUGUUUAACGUCAUAUGUCAGAAGUCAAUCGAGACGUUACACACCAGUCGCCACCACAGGCCAGGCGCCAAUUGUCGUUCUCGCCAACCGACGAGCGAUCGCUGUCACACCGGGAAUGUAACAUGGGGACCACGAAUGACACUGCGACCGUUGCUGUCGGUACCAAUCGACGCGCGUCGGACGCCAUCUCCGAAAGAUGAAAAGCGGGAACAGGUCAUGCACGAUACGUACGAGGAAAACGGGAGCAUGCGUGGCGACGCCGACAGGGGACUGCAAAACAAAACAUGCAAGAUCGGGCGGCAGAGAGAUCUGUCUGAUCUCAGCACAGCGGACGGAUUUCGUUGGACAGGUGGAGACAUGGAGUGUCGAUCGUUUCUGAUGUCUAGCCACGCGUUCAUGUGUGAUGGAAUGUCAACGUGUGGGAGAGCGGGAUGGCGAUGGUGGCAACAUUCUUGAUUGAUAGCUUUUGGAACCCCUUGCGUCACGACAUUCCAGCCGAUUUGAUCAGAAUCCCCCCACCCUAUUCUAUUGUACAGAAAUCAAAGGACCAACAUGUUUGGAAGAGACUUGUGUUGCGGUCACGGUUUCAGAGGGCUGAGACAUGGUCGCGUGUGAA